GCGGUCUCUCCGGAGCAGACCUGGCCGGAGGCUGGGCUGGAUCCCCGCGGCCAUGUUCUCCCUACUGUCCCCCACCUCCUGGCUCCCCAGCCUCCCCUCCCUCGACUGGGGCUCCGGCCUCCUCGAGGCCCUCCUGCAAGGCCUCGUCGGGGCCUGCGCAGUCUCCAUCCUGAACAACCUCCUGAAGGUCUAUUUCUUCGUGGGCUGUGCCAACCACCCGGAGCUUCGUCUUGAGAAGCAGAGGCUGCAGGCCCGGUGGGCGUCACUGGAGGCCGUGCACCUCGCAGGGCUGGCCCUGAUUCUGACCGUUGUGGGGGUCCGGGUGGCUGCCCUCGUAGUGCUCGAGUUCUCCCUCCGGGCUGUCUCCAUGCUGCUUUCCCUGGACAAGGGCUCCCAGGGCACCCAGAAGCUGCAGCUGUACCUACUGUGCCAGUACUCGCUGGGCUGCGGGCUGACCUGCGGCCUGAGCUUCCUGCAGGAGGGCGCCCCGCACUGCACACUGAACCUGAUGCUGGCCCUGGGGCUGGCAGCGCUGCUUAGCACUGGCGCCCGGCGCCUCCGCCACCACGUCUGCCGGCUCUACGAGCUGCACCGCAGCCAGCGCACCUGUGGGGUCUGCCUGGGCCUGCUGGCAGGCGCACACCACCUCCCCCGGCUGCUGGGCCGCACCCUGGCCGUGACCUUUAUAGUGGGCAACCUGGCCGCCGUGGCCCUCAUCAACCGAGACUUCCUGACCACCUCGGAGGCCGUGCGCUUCUGGACGCCUCUCACCAUCUGCUACACCCUGCUGGUCAUCCACAUGCAGGAGGAGCAGCGGCAGCGCCUCGGCCUGAAGAGCCACGUCCAGACCGUGCUGGUGCGCAUGUGCGGUCUCUUCGUGCUGCUGCUGACCGUGGGCCGCUGGCUGGACCUCCUGGGCAUCCUCGUCUCCCUGCUGGGCGAGCUCUGGUGCCUCGUGGGCAUCCGUACCCUGCUUGAUCUUUGCCAGAUACAGGAUUUUCCACCCCAGAGGCCUUUGGUGUCAGCUCCAAGCCAGCCCCAGCCCUCAGAGGAGAAAGCCACCUCCUGACUGAUCUCGGCAAGGACUUGGAGUCUCUCAGGUCCACUCAGGUUCACCAGGAGGCCUUGACCCCAGAAUACUGCCUGGAGGCAGAAUGGCAAGGCUGCCCCCCACCUGGAGCACUGGGGAUCUGUGGGAGGGGAGGGGAGGAUUUGGGACUGGGUCCCUGAGAGGGUGGGAGUACCUGGAGGCCACUGGGUUAACCUUUUUCUUUUCCUCAGGGUGGGGGAACAGAUACAGGCCCCCUAGACCUGCCUUCCCAGGGGCAUUGAGGGGACUUGUAUCCCCAUGAUGGCUUCCCCCUUUUCCCACUCCCUGCCCUUUCCACAAACAAUAAAGGUGACUUUCUCAGA